GGCCUAAAAAAUAAAUAAACUUUGAACUUGAAAUGCAUGAUCGUGCUAAUUUGCUGAUAAUCUAAAGUCAUUCCCGAUUAAAAACGCACAUGAUUUGAGAUCAAUGUUAAAGAUGAUUUGAAGACUAGACGGACAUAAUGCGGUCAUUGAAUCUCCGCGAUGAUCAAAGCGAAAACGUGAGAACAAAAAUCCAGUGUUUAUUUGGUAUAUUUGGCAUAAAUCAACGGGGGUAUCAAAUUUUGUCCAGCAUGCGUUUUUCGAUGCGGUUGUGGAAGCUUCUCCCUCAACUCUCCCUCGCCGAGAUUGCAUUCCCAGCUCAGCUGAUAGUGACGAGUAUAUCAGCGGACCGACUUCCAUAUAUGUAUCGCCGAUGAUGAUAAUGAUGAUGAUCGGAGGUUUAAUUAGGCGCGGCUGUAACAUGAACAUUCAUAAUUCCGCUGGCAUUCAAUCAAUGCAGACGUGAACAAUUCCAGUGAUCAAGUAAUCGACUCAACCAGCGAUCUCGUGCAAAGUGAACAGUGUCUCAAUCCCGCCCAAUACAAUAAUUCCCACAAAAGGCGCCACACAAGAAAAAACACACUCAAAACAAACAGAUAAUUAAAUCCAGGAAAACCAUGGCGCAAAGUGAUUCGGGAAGUUGCUGUGCCAAGCUUGAAAAAGACGAGGUAUGCUGCCAGAAAGCUAAGGAUGUGGUUCCAAAAAAUAUAUCCCCCAAAAUUUUCCCUGACAAAGUCUACAAAUCCGUUCAACCAAAAGGAGAGGAUGCGACGGGAAUGACUUGCGAGUGUGGAGUUUUUGGAGCCAUCGCAUGCGGGGAUUACCCAACACAGCUCGACAUAGCCCAAAUGAUUUGCUUGGGACUGGUGGCACUGCAACAUCGAGGACAGGAGUCGGCGGGAAUCGUGACCAGCCUGGGAAAGUGCUCCAAGAACUUCAGCGUCCACAAGGGAAUGGGCAUGAUCAAUAAUCUCUUCAACGACGAGGCCAUCAGGAAGUUGAAGGGCAACCUGGGAAUCGGACACACUCGCUACUCCACGGCAGCAGCCUCGGAAGUGGUGAACUGCCAGCCAUUUGUGGUGCACACUGCCCACGGAGCACUGGCCAUUGCCCACAAUGGAGAGCUGGUCAACUGCGAGUCCUUGAGGAGGGAGGUCCUGGAGCGAGGAGUGGGCUUGUCCACCCACAGCGACAGUGAGCUGAUUGCCCAAUCUUUGUGUUGUGCUCCCGAGGAUGUUUCCGAGCACGAUGGACCCAACUGGCCGGCCAGGAUUCGCCACUUCAUGACCCUGGCUCCACUUUCCUACUCCCUGGUGGUGAUGCACAAGGACAAGAUAUACGCUGUUCGAGAUUCCUACGGAAACAGGCCUCUCUGCUUGGGUAAAAUAGUUCCUGUGGAUGCAGGACAUGCGAAUAUCAAUGAUCAACUGGCCGAAGGUUGGGUUGUGAGCAGCGAAAGUUGUGGAUUCCUCUCUAUUGGAGCCAGAUAUGUUCGGGAAGUGGAACCCGGCGAGAUUAUCGAACUCUCGAGGAAUGGUUAUAGAACCGUGGAUAUCGUAGAGCGACCGGAUUACAAACGCAUGGCCUUCUGCAUCUUUGAGUACGUUUACUUUGCCCGAAGUGAUUCCAUGUUCGAGGGUCAAAUGGUUUACUCAGCACGUCUGCAAUGUGGUCGCCAGUUGGCCAGGGAAUCUCCGCUGGAUGCUGAUCUGGUCAGUUCGGUUCCGGAAUCUGGAACAGCUGCUGCUCAUGGAUAUGCCAGAGAAUCGGGUUUACCCUUCGGAGAGGUUCUCUGCAAGAAUCGCUACGUGGGACGCACUUUUAUCCAACCAUCAACAAGAUUGCGACAGUUAGGAGUUGCCAAAAAGUUCGGAGCCUUGGCCCAAAAUGUUGAGGGAAAGAGAAUCGUACUGGUGGAUGAUUCUAUAGUAAGAGGAAACACCAUUGGACCGAUCAUCAAACUGCUGCGUGAUGCAGGAGCCACCGAAGUGCACAUCAGGAUUGCCAGUCCGCCACUCCAAUAUCCUUGCUACAUGGGCAUAAAUAUUCCGACUCGCGAGGAGCUCAUAGCCAACAAAUUGAAUGCCGAUCAGCUGGCGGAUCACGUGGGAGCGGAUAGUCUGGCCUACUUGAGUGUGGAGGGAUUGGUGAAGGCCGUUCAGAUGAACAAGGCUCACGUGAAUCCACUGAAAGCUGGUUACUGCACCGCCUGUCUAACGGGCGAGUAUCCUGGCGGAUUGCCCGAGGAGCUCAGCUGGUAGACUCACAGGAUCUUCAAUUCUCUUAGGAUUAGCGUAGUUGUUAGCUUGAGUGUAUAAACAAAUAUAUAUUUAAACAUCAGGGUCUUUGACCCAACACAAAAA